AUGACCCACGGAAUGUUGCUUGGGACACACGUUACCUGUGCUCAGUUACCGUUUCAGAUUUCAAAUUUCAGUUCUGCAGCUGCUGCAUUCAUGGUUUCCUUGAAUGGGGCUGCAAGAAUUAGCAAGCAUAACAAGUUGAAGUGGAAGAAGGCCGACGCUGCGGAGGAAAGGGAGAAUAGGCAACCGGCUAGGGUUUCGGAGAGAGAGAAUAGGCAUUUGAGGAAGCAGAGCAGGAGCAGAGAGAGGCAUUCGAGGAGGAGAAGUAGGAGUAGAGAGAGGCAUUCGAGGCGGAGAAGUAGGAGUAGAGAGAGGUAUAAAGAAAGAGAUAGGGAUAGAGAGAGGAGGAGGAUGAGGUUUGAGAGCGAUUCCGAUGGAGGUAGACGACGGAGAUGGAGAAGCCGGAGUCGGAGUCCAUCGCCUCGGGAUCGGAGAAAGGAGCGGAGGAGAAGUCGGAGCUCAUUACCGAGGGAGAGGGGUUCAGAGAAAAGCAAAGGUAAAGUGGGGAAGGAGAGGAAUGGAGGCAGUGCUGAUCAUUCCAAGUUGAUUGAAGGCUAUGAUAAGAUGGUAUCUGGUGUUAUAGUGCAUUAA